GAGUCCGGGCAGCCAGCUACUUCCUCCCGCAGUAGCAGCAGACGACUCAGGGCUUUUCAGUCGCGAACGAUUCCUCCCACAGAACUUUGUUUGCUCCGCUUCCCCUCGCGCUAGACCGACCCCUGCUUCUGUCGCACUGUGAUCGGAUCUGUCCCCUCGGUGCGGGGAAGGGGGGGAGGUGCGCGUUGCUUGGGUGCAGGGGGAGGUGUCCUGCCUGGAAGAUGAGGCUGCCUGCUGGGGAGAGAAGCCUCCUGUCCUGCGGAAUGGCUCACUGAUUGCACCCGGGAUCUAUGGCUGCUUUGUCGCAACGUUAACUCCUUGCCUCGGCCCGACCCUCUCCACAAACCCCAUUCACCCCAGAGCCCUUAACCGACCCCGGCUGGAGAGCUGUAAAAUGGUGGAUGGUGUUAUGAUUCUUCCUAUCCUUAUGAUGGUUGCUUUUUCCUCUCCCAGCAUGGAAGAUGAGGAAAUGAAGUUGAACGCAGGGCAGUAUAAAUGUGUAUGUGAAGGAAUGUCCUGCGGCAACGGGGACCACUGUUAUGGGCAGCAGUGUUUUGCUUCGCUCAGCAAAAACGAUGGUGUCAUGGUGUCCCAAAAGGGCUGCUUCCAAGUCUAUGAACAAGGCAAAAUGACAUGCAAAACUCCUCCAUCUCAGGACCAGGCCGUGGAAUGCUGUCAGAGUGACCUCUGUAACUUGAACAUCACGGUAAAAAUAACAGAAAGACCAAAGCAAGCAUUAAAUUACAGCGUGGAAACGUUAACAAUCUUUAUCUUGGCCCCUGUGAUUGUGCUAGUGGUACUUUCUGUCUUGGCUGUGCUGAUCUUCAGGAAAAUCCAACAGCGUCACAUGGAGAUACUGAGCAAUCGGGAUGCAGAAUAUGGAACCAUUGAUGGACUCAUCGCUUCCAAUGUUGGAGACAGUACACUCGCAGAAAUGUUGGAUCAUUCCUGUACAUCGGGCAGUGGUUCUGGGCUUCCAUUCCUGGUACAAAGAACAGUUGCUCGGCAGAUUACUCUAGCAGAAUGUGUUGGAAAAGGGCGAUAUGGUGAAGUAUGGCGGGGUCUCUGGCAAGGAGAAAGCGUUGCCGUGAAGAUAUUUUCAUCGCGAGACGAAAAAUCCUGGUUCAGGGAAACAGAAUUAUACAACACUGUGUUACUGAGGCAUGAGAAUAUUUUGGGUUUUAUUGCCUCAGACAUGACUUCCAGAAACUCCAGCACGCAGUUGUGGCUAAUAACUCAUUACCACGAGCUGGGCUCCCUCUACGACUACUUGCAGGUCACCACGCUGGAUUCGGUCACCUGCCUGCGAAUCGUUUUGUCAAUAGCCAGCGGCCUGGCGCAUUUGCACGUGGAGAUAUUUGGCACCCAGGGAAAGCCGGCCAUUUCUCACAGAGACUUGAAGAGCAAGAAUAUCCUUGUGAGAAAGAACGGCCAGUGCUGCAUUGCAGAUCUAGGGCUUGCUGUCAUGCAUUCGCAAACAACCAACCAGCUGGAUGUUGGCAAUAACCCCCGUGUAGGAACGAAGCGCUACAUGGCCCCCGAAGUUCUGGAUGAGACCAUUCAAGUGGAUUGUUUUGACUCUUACAAGCGAGUUGAUAUUUAUGCAUUUGGUCUUGUCCUCUGGGAGGUCGCCAGACGGAUGGUCAGCAAUGGCAUUGUGGAAGAAUACAAGCCUCCUUUUUAUGAUGUUGUACCCAAUGACCCGAGUUUUGAAGACAUGAAGAAGGUUGUCUGCGUGGAUCAACAAAGACCAAACAUUCCCAAUCGAUGGUUCUCAGAUCCAACUCUAACAGCGCUUGCUAAGCUGAUGAAGGAAUGCUGGUAUCAUAACCCCUCCGCAAGACUCACAGCCUUACGCAUCAAAAAGACUUUAACCAAAAUUGACAAUUCUUUAGAUAAACUGAAGUCUGACUGUUAAAAACUCUUAAUUGACACUGCCAUGAAAUCUGUGCAUAGUUCAUGCCGACAAAGAAGAAAAUGACACAGUGCUUGCCUGCCGAGGUGUAGACUUUGUUUCAAGCGGUUUAUUUUUAAGGGAAAUUCUCACAAGGAGAUAAUUUGAUAAAGUGCAAAAUGACGCCAUAUAGUUUUAGCGAUGCCUCUCCCAUUACUGUGUUAGAAAUUCUGGUUGCCCUGGAUAAACAAAGUCAGGGGCUUUUGGCGGUUUACGUAGAAAAAUACGGAGGAAGCAGAUUUUUUUUUUCUUUUGAAAUAUAAUUGCUGGGGGAUUGAACAUGAUUUUUAAAACUUCUAAAUCUGCACAGAACGUCGCAUCUGCUACGACUAAAGUGUUUGCGUGACCGUGUUGCAUUUGAUACAUUUUCGGAUUAUUUUUUUGUGAAAUGAUUUCCUACAAAUCGGAAUCGUAGACACUACGUGGCUGCCUGUUUGAAGACAAUCCCACUUCGGAAUGUUACUCAGAGACUUCUGGACUCACUUCCAUGCCAAAGGCUGGUCGGACGGUUUUUGCAAAGAUUUUGGGUCUCUGAAGGAGCACAGAAUAUAGAACAGGACAGAUCUGGGCAUUAAAAAAGAUGAGUCUGGAGAAAUGAAAGAAAUUUUCAGAGUUAUCCCGAUCACUCCUACGGAAAAAAAAACUGAACUGGUGAUUUUUUUUUUUUUUUAAUCAGCAAUAUUGCGUGUGCUUCUCUGUUAUUGCACUAGCAAUUUUUUGCAUUCCUUAAUUGCACUGUUACUGUUCAUUUUAAUGACAGAUGCCAAAUAUAUGGUUGGCCGUGUAUGGAUCUGUGUUUCCGGAAUACACCAAUUUAUUUUGGGGGGGGGGGAGGUUUAAGAAACGGAAAUUUGUCAGAUUUAGCUGCAUUUUACACGUGUACUGAUGUUUACAAUAAUGCCGAACAUUAGGAAUUUUUGUUGUCUAUACAAAACUUUGCAAAUUAUUUAUUACUUGUGCACUUAGCGGUUUUCAAACAAAACUGAUCAGUGCAGGCAGUUAGCUCUAUUUUGUGGUCUUUUACUUUUCUUCCCCCCCCACAUCCCUUUUACAUGACUAAUUUUGUAACACAGUAUGAUAAAGCGAUUAUUUCUCGAAUAUCACAUUACGAUGUCACGUUAAAUUCUCCAUAUUGAGAUAUGCGUGUGUGCGGUCUGUAUCAAUUUCAGUUUAGAGAACUAAACAUUUAUCGCUGUUACCCAACAUUUUUUUUUCCUGCUCACCUUUUAACUGACAUAGGAAUUAACAACAUAAAAGGAAAAUUUCAGUAGAAAUGUAGGAUAUUAUAAUGGGGAGAUGCAUUUCUUCUAAGCUAUAUAUAAUAUGUGCAUUGUUAACUCUGCCACAAAAAUAACUAUUUUGUUUUAAUCUACUUUUUGUAUUUAGUAGUUAUUUGUAUAAAUUAAAUAGAAUGUUUUGAAGUCUAA